UCUUAUUAUAAAAAGAUGAUGCUUGAUGCUGGAAAUUAUCAUUCAGUCUUCGUUUGCUCAAUCGACAACAGUAGAUUCUCAGUCUUAACUUAUUAAAAUGAAAAGCAUCAUUAUUGUGUUCGCCCUCAUCGCUGCUGCUUCAUGUGAUGUCUCACAUAUCGUGAAAGGUGAUGGAUGGUACAAAGAUGAAACUGGUUAUCAUUACACAGAACCAGCAGUUAAAUUAGAUGAACCAGUUCCAGAAGAACCAAUUGUCCCAGUUGAAGAGCCAGUCGUUGUUGAAGAUGUUCCAGUUGAAGAGCCAGCACCAGUUGAAACCGAAGUUGUUGCAGAACCAGAAAUCGUUGCUGAGCCAGAACAAGUCAUUGUUGAGGAAAUUGUCGAAGUUGCUGCCCCAGAGGAGCCAGCACCAGUUGUUGCUGAUGCCAUUGUUGAAGUUAACCAAGACUACUUACCACCAAAGAACGCAUACCUUCCACCACAAUCAGCUGAAGCCAAGAAGAAGCGUCAAAUUCCAGUUCGCAAGGUCUACCGUCGUUUCGUCAGAAGACAUUAAAUGUUCACAAAUUGGAUAAAAUUUUUUAGACUGAAAACAAAAUCGUUUUAAAGGACAAAAAAGUUAUCCUCCAAGCAAAAACGGAAUUAAGAAGAAAAAUUGAGCUUUUUAAAAUUUAAAAAAAA